GUUCUGGUUGUAUAAGCGGGGACGCGCAUAUAUUGCAAAUUUAUGAAGAGUGGUGUCUUUAACUCCGAACAUUUACAUAUCGUUUCAGCCAUCCUCCACCGAUUAAAGAAAGAAGCUUUAGAGAGGAGGAAUGCCAGGUAAAGACCCGCAUACCGAGAGCCUCAAAGUGUGCAUUCUGCAGCUACAGGAGGAAGGCCUGUUGACUGACUCCAGCCCUCCGCUGGCUUCCUGCUGUGAACUUCUGGAGCACAUACUGCGCAAGGGUCUCCAAAAGCCAGUCUUGAGCUUGACACACAGAGACUACUGGCACUGUUUUGAGCAGCUGCUAAAGCAGGAUACAUGCGGCAGGCUGGGUGCAGUCUCUCUGGCAGUGCAGCAGACCAUAGCCUGCCCCAAGCUCCUGACUGCCCAGGGACGAGGACGCUUCUUCAUCCGGCUAAUGCUCAGCAGGAGGAUUCUGGGAAAUGUAGUCAAGCAUCUGUUACACACAAGCAGAAUCAUGGAGUGGUACCGUCCUGAGGUUUCAGUAUUGAGGAAUGAGGAUUUUGUAGAGCCAUUUCUCUCCCUCUGUCUGAUUCUCUCUGAAAUGCAGUUCAAGCUCAACAUAGAGGUGAGCAUACUCCGCUCUCGGAGUACGGACACUGUGCUAAUUGAGGAGUGCUCUGUGGAGUCUAACUGUAGCUUCCUAGAUGAGAGCUGGCUGCUACCGGUGUGUGAAACCCAUGAGGCAGUGCCUUGUCGUGAGUUGGGGAUGGUUCUGAGGUACCUGAACGGCCGUGUGUUUGUGUUGGAACUGCUACACGGCAGAAUGGCUCAGGUGAACAAGUUUGCAGAGCCUGGUGACAUCAUAGAUGAAAUCAAUGGGAUAUCGCUGCGGAAUUCCAGAAAUGGGCAGGCAGGUGUGCUGCUGUCCCAGCUGAGGGGUCAGCCUCUGACCCUGCGGGUCCUGCACUGGAGAGGCGAGGACGGAGCCAUGUAUCGGCCGCUGGUGUCGCUCCUGCAGCGGCUCCAGCAGGAGAACCCUUCGCUCUGGUUCGGUCCGGACCCGGCCCGGCCUAAAGCCUGUCUCCCAGGGCAGGACCAGAGUCAGUGUAUGAACGACGGCCGGAUCCUGUACUCUGUACGACUCUUAGGAAAGGCGAACAUUGGAAUGUAUGGAGGGAAGGAGGUUCUGAAGCAUGCUAUUCCCACCAUUCUGCAGAAGAGACAGGGCACGGAGGAGGUGCUGUUAGAUGUGAAGGAGACUCAUCUGACCUGCACUGACAGAUCCAAUAAACAGGAGCUGUUCCAGCAUCACUUUCCAGAGAUAUCAUGUGUGGGGAGGUUUGGCCAACCGGAUUUUACCAUCUUUGCUUUUUGUGUAGUAGACACUUCUGACACAGGCCAGCCACCCGGAUUCUGUUGUGUGGUACUGCAAGCAGAAUCCAGCAGUGAGUGUGAGGAGAUAGUCCACCGUAUAGCUGCUGGAUUUAAAAACACAGAAUGGUUUGUAUGAGAAGAUUAAAACACUAACAAUGUUGGAAGUUUUACAUGUUGUCAUGAGGGACUCUGUCUGCAGUUUUUAACAAAACUACCCUGUCUAUUUUAAAAUGAUUUACUGAAAAUAUUAAUAGUAAUGUAACAUGUAACUUUCAUAGGAGAAAUUAUAACAAAAGUAUUGUAAUAACAUGUUUGUUAAAUCAUAAAAGUGUUUUAGAAAAAAAAAACUAUUAAAGAACCUCUAAGGUCAAAUUCUAUCCGAUUACUUAUGGCUGAUUACUUGAUUAUUGCCAAAAUCAGAUCUCUGGGUAUCGGGAGAAAUGUUAGGGGAUGAGUGCUUUAUUAUCCUCUAAACUGCUUAUGUGAG